UGUCACAUCCGGUUCAGCACCAUUGCUUGGCCCCGCUUCUCAAAUUUCCUCCCCACACCUUCUCUCAUGUAUUACCCAGCCAAGUUUGUCUAGUGAUGAAGUAAUAUUUUCACCGCUUCCCUGCUCAUCCCUACAUUCGCCAUCGGACCUGCGGUCGGCAAGAGAGCGCGCGAGGAAGCGUCGAGAUGCAAUAAAUAUGCAAAAAGACGGCUCUGCAAACCAGAUUUCAUUCAUCCUAUUAUUUUGGUGCUGAUUUUACAUCGCAUCUUCAGAGGAGUAUCGUAAUAGAGAGGCGUACAGCUGAACACAAACAGAUCUGCAUGUGAUAUCUCUGGACCAGGUGCCAGGCGUCGGAGGCUGAAGAUGCAUCCUGCGAACAAGCUCCUGACUCUCACCCUGCUUGUACUGAUGGGCACUGAACUCACCCAAGUGCUGCCUGCUAACCCAGAGGACUCAUGGCAGGUGUACAGUUCAGCCCAAGACAGCGAGGGCAGGUGUGUGUGCACUGUUGUGGCCCCUCAGCAGACCAUGUGCUCACGGGAUGCCAGGACCAAACAACUGAGACAGCUCUUGGAAAAAGUCCAGAACAUGACCCAGUCGAUUCAGAAUCUGGACCAGAGGACCCAGAAAGACCUGCAGUAUGUGCAAAGGAUGGAGGUUCAGCUAAGGGGGCUGGAAACUAAGUUCAAACAGGUGGAGGAGAGCCACAAGCAGAAUAUCGCCAAGCAAUACAAGGCCAUAAAAGCGAAAAUGGAGGAGCUUAGGCCAAUGAUACCAGUGUUGGAGGAAUACAAGGCCGAUGCAAAAUUGGUAAUGCAGUUUAAAGAGGAGGUGAAGAAUCUGACGUCAGUGCUAAGUGAACUGCAGGAGGAGAUCGGAGCCUUUGACUACGAGGAGCUUCACAGCAGGGUGUCAAAUCUUGAGGAGAGGCUCCGUGCAUGCAUGCAAAAAUUAGCUUGUGGGAAACUGACAGGAAUAAGUGAUUCGAUAACCGUAAAGACGUCUGGUUCGAGGUACGGAUCCUGGAUGACCGAUCCUCUCGCCCCUGAUGGCGAUACAAGGGUUUGGUACAUGGACGGCUACCACAACAAUCGCUUCGUCAGGGAAUACAAAUCCAUGGCUGACUUUAUGUAUUCUGACAACUUCACUUCACAUCGACUCCCUCACCCCUGGUCGGGCACAGGGCAGGUGGUUUACAACGGCUCCAUCUACUUCAAUAAGUUCCAGAGCAACACCAUCAUCAAAUUCGACUUUAAGACGGCCACCAUCAGCAAAUCGGGUCAGCUGGAUUACGCCGGCUACAACAACCGCUAUCACUACUCGUGGGGCGGCCACUCCGACAUCGAUCUGAUGGUAGACGAAAGCGGGCUCUGGGCCGUAUACGCCACCAAUCAGAACGCGGGGAACAUCGUCAUCAGCAAGCUGAACCCAUCGACCCUUCAAGUCAUCAAAAGCUACACCACCAACCACCCGAAGAGGAGCGCGGGCGAGGCGUUUCUGAUCUGCGGGACGCUUUAUGUUACCAACGGCUACUCAGGAGGGACAAAAGUCUACUAUGCUUUCCAUACCAACUCUUCAACUUACGAAUAUAUCGACAUUCCGUUACAAAACAAGUAUUCCCAUAUCUCCAUGCUGGAUUAUAAUCCCAGGGACAGGGCUCUUUAUGCAUGGAACAAUGGGCAUCAGGUGCUAUACAACGUCACUCUUUUCCACGUCAUUCGAUCGGAGGAACUCUAAGCGAGUGGCGUUCUGUCCAUACGAGAUAUACAGUAGCAUUGAUGGAAAUUAUUAUGGAAAAAUAGAGUUUAGCUAAAUGAUUGUUCAAUAAAUAAAGACAUAAUGUAUCAAAAGUAAUAGUUAAACGCAACAUAAUGAACAGCUGCCAAGCGGUCUUUUCUGUUUUUUAAGACUAUGAAUGCUUAGUAUAAGCUUUCUUUAGAGGACCGUGCUGGGAUUUUCUUCUCACAAAGAUCGUGCUUGUCUACGGACAUCACCUAAAACACCCUGUUAAUAGGGGGUAAAGAAGUGUGAUGCAAAAAAUAUGUCAUUUAGUGAUGCAGUUACGUCCUUUGUAUCAAGAGCAAUCAAAACAUCCACUACACUUUAAAAACGCUGGGUUGUUUUAACCCAUGGCUGGGUCACAUUUGGACAAACCCAACGUUUGUGUUGAAAUUAAUCGAAUAUAAUCCAGCCGCUGGGUUUGUCCACAUUUGACCUAACUAUAGAUUUUUAUAGAAGUGUACAGAUCAGAAGACACUGACUGUUGGAAGCGCUCUGUUAAACAACUACAGUAUGUUGUCGUGAUUGUAUGUAAAUUCUGAUAUUUUUCAAUCGAUUUGCAUGGACAGUUUUAGCACUAAGAUUCACAUGAUUUGUUUUUUAUUUUUCUGCAGUAAUAUGAAUCUUGUAUGUGAAUAGGAGAUUAGAUUAGUGAUGGGUUUGCUAUUUUUCCUGCCACGAUUAUGUUUAGCUGUAUCGUUUGUGUUGGGUUAUUUUUGUUUUUACUUGUGUUAAUAAAGUGACUUAAAUAUUAGGAUGGAUUGUAUGAUAAAGAAACGGGAGUAUAUAUAUAAGUCGUGCGCCAAAAAAAAAGGGUCAAAUGGCAAUGUGAAACAAAUGUAUUUACAUGAUAGUAUUCUUUGACUGUAUUUAAAGAUGACAUCAUGUGUCUUAGUAGUUAGAAGAAAUAGAUGGCGGCAUCUAAAACUGUUACGCUUGCAUCUGUGUUGUACUUGCGAUGUGAUUCAUAUCAAUAAAGCCAGCCUUUAUUUAACAUC